CCGCGCGCCGUCGCCGCCUUCUGUGCAGUCGCGGCCCUGGCGGACGGCGACUGGCUUUUCCGCGGCGCUCGGCUGGCGGCAGCUGCACCGCGGGUUGCGCGGCCGGGGAUGCUCCAGCGGGCGCGAUGGCCCCCGCCAUGCAGCCGGCCGAGAUCCAAUUUGCCCAGCGGCUGGCGUCCAGCGAGAAGGGCAUUCGGGACCGGGCGGUGAAGAAGCUGCGCCAGUACAUCAGCGUGAAGACGCAGAGGGAGACAGGAGGUUUCAGUCAGGAAGAACUUCUAAAAAUCUGGAAGGGGCUCUUCUACUGCAUGUGGGUGCAGGAUGAACCCCUUCUACAGGAAGAGCUCGCCAACACCAUCGCACAGCUAGUCCACGCUGUUAACAACUCAGCAGCUCAACACCUGUUCAUUCAGACCUUUUGGCAAACCAUGAAUCGAGAAUGGAAAGGAAUAGACAGGCUGCGCCUGGACAAAUACUAUAUGCUGAUUCGUCUGGUCCUGAGGCAGUCCUUUGAAGUCUUGAAGCGAAACGGCUGGGAGGAAAGCCGAAUCAAGGUUUUCUUGGAUGUCCUGAUGAAGGAGAUCCUGUGUCCUGAGAGUCAGUCUCCUAAUGGAGUGAGAUUCCACUUCAUUGAUAUUUACCUGGAUGAACUCUCCAAAGUUGGGGGGAAAGAGCUUUUAGCAGAUCAGAAUCUCAAGUUUAUAGAUCCAUUCUGCAAGAUUGCUGCGAAGACUAAGGACCACACCCUGGUGCAGACCAUAGCUCGGGGCGUCUUCGAAGCUAUCGUAGAUCAGUCUCCUUUUGUGCCUGAGGAGACGAUGGAGGAACAGAAGACAAAAGUGGGCGAUGGUGACCUCUCUGCUGAGGAGAUACCUGAAAAUGAGGUGUCCAUGAGAAGAGCUGUCAGUAAAAAGAAGACAGCACUGGGCAAAAAUCAUUCCAGAAAAGAUGGACUCAGUGAUGAAAGAGGAAGAGAUGACUGUGGAACCUUUGAGGACACAGGACCCCUUCUCCAGUUUGACUAUAAGGCUGUUGCUGAUCGACUCCUGGAAAUGACCAGCAGGAAGAACACGCCCCCCUUCAACAGGAAGCGCCUCUCCAAACUCAUCAAGAAAUUCCAAGACCUCUCUGAAGGAAGCAGUAUAUCUCAACUCAGUUUUGCGGAGGACAUUUCUGCUGAUGAAGAUGACCAAAUCCUCAGUCAAGGAAAGCAUAAGAAGAAAGGAAAUAAACUUUUAGAGAAAACUAACUUGGAAAAGGAGAAAGGAAGCAGAGUCUUUUGUGCAGAGGAAGAGGACAGUGAAAGCAAUCUUCAAAAGAGAAGAAGGAAGAAGAAGAAGAAGCACCACCUGCAGCCUGAAAGUCCAGGCCCAGGAGAUGCAGCCCCGUCCCUGGAACAGAACAGGGGCAGGGAGCCUGAGGCCGCUGAGCCGAAAGCCCUGAAGGCACGUGUGGCCGAGCCAGGCGCAGAGGCCACAUCCAGCACUGGGGAAGAGAGUGGCUCCGAGCAUCCUCCAGCCGUCCCCAUGCACAAUAAAAGGAAACGACCGCGGAAGAAGAGUCCAAGGGCCCACAGGGAAAUGUCGGAAUCAGCAGUGUUGUCCCCAGAGGACAUGUCUCAGAGUGGCCCCAGUGGCAGUCAUCCUCAGGGACCUAGAGGGUCCCCAACAGGUGAAGCCCAACUCCUAAAAAGGAAGCGGAAGCUUGGAGUUGUCCCUGUCAAUGGCAGUGGCCUGUCCACGCCUGCCUGGCCUCCACUGCAGCAGGAAGGCCCUCCCACAGGCCCCGCGGAGGGGCCGAACAGCCACACCACCCUGCCCCAGUGCAGGAGGCUGCAGAAGAAGAAGGCAAGGCCUGGCAGCCUGGAGCUCUGUGGCCUGUCCAGCCAGAAAACAGCAAGCUUGAAAAAGAGGAGGAAAAUGAGAGCGAUGUCAAACUUGGUAGAGCACAACGGGGCGCUGGAGUCCGAAGCCAGGCAAGCCCAGGCUCUGGGAAGCAGUGGGACUUUCAGUUCCCUGAAAAAGCAGAAGCUGAGGGCAGACAGCGACUUCGUGAAGUUUGAUACCCCCUUCUUACCAAAGCCCCUGUUCUUCAGAAGAGCCAAGAGCAGCCCUGCCACCCGCCCCCAAGGCUCUGCUGUCCAGCUAAACAAGACACCGUCCAGCUCCAAGAAAGUCACCUUUGGGCUGAACAGAAACAUGACUGCAGAAUUCAAGAAGACAGACAAGAGUAUCUUGGUCAGUCCCACGGGCCCUUCCCGAGUGGCCUUCGACCCUGAACAGAGGCCCCUCCACGGGGUGCUGAAGACCCCCACCAGCUCACCUGCCAGCUCACCCCUGGUGUCCAAGAAGCCCCCGACCGCCACACCAAGGAGAAGGCCCAGGGCUAUGGAUUUCUUCUGAGGGGCAGCAGAGUCCCUUGUAAAAGACUGCUUUUGUACAGAAUACGCUAUAAAUUAUACCUUUAAGAA